AUGAACAACAUCCUAGAGAUUCUAUGGACCAUUCAUAUUGGUGCAGUCGUUGCAACUUUUCUUUUCAACACUGGACGUAUUAUAAAAGCAGUAGAAAUCUUUAACGAAUGUUUGGUGCUCCUUGACGGUAACGUCCUACAAACAAUCAAAGAACUUACCACACCACUUGUUAUCUAUGUAUAUCAUAAACUUCUUGAUGGCUAUACUCUUAUGAACGAUCACAUUAGUGCGAUAGAAUGUGGUAAAAAACUUCACGUGGCACUACACAAUAGUGGCAGAAACGAAGAAGAAGCGAUAAUAUUAAUUCAACUAGCGAACAUUUAUUAUCAGAGAAGCCAAUACGAGGAAACAAAAACGUUCUACGAGAAGGCACUCGGCAUCAUGAUUGAGACUGGAAACAAUCGCACAGUUGGAAUGUGUUACGGAAAUCUAGGAGCUGUGCUUCAAUCUGUUGGUCAAUAUACCAAGGCUGAAGAAUACCUUCAAAAAGCACUAGUGAUCAGGAAAGAAAUCGGUGACAAAGAAGGAGAAGCGGCAGAUUACGGAAAUCUAGGAACUGUCUUUCUUUCUGUUGGUCAAUAUUCCAAGGCUGAAGAAUUCCUUCAGAAAGCACUGACGGUCAGGAGAGAAAUCGGUGACAAAAAGGGAGAAGCAACAGAUUACGGAAAUCUAGGAAGCGUGUUUCAAUCCGUUGGUCAAUAUACCAAGGCUCAAGAAUACCUUCAAAAAGCACUGACGAUCAAAGAAGAAAUCGGUGAUAAAUCAGGAGAAGCGACAUCUUACGGAAAUCUAGGAACUGUGCUUCUUUCCGUUGGUCAAUAUACCAAGGCUAAAGAAUACCUUCAGAAAGCACUGACGAUUAGGAGAGAAAUCGGUGACAGAAAAGGAGAAGCAGCAGAUUACGGAAAUCUAGGAUCUGUGUUUCAAUCUGUUGGUCAAUAUAAUAAGGCUGAAGAAUAUCUACAGAAAGCACUGACGAUCAGGAGAGAAAUCGGUGACAAAGAAGGAGAAGCGUCAGCUUACGGAAAUCUGGGAACUGUCUUUCUUUCUGUUGGUCAAUAUAUCAAGGCUAAAGAAUACCUUCAGAAAGCACUGACGAUUAGGAGAGAAAUCGGUGACAGAAAAGGAGAAGCAGCAGAUUACGGAAAUCUAGGAUCUGUGUUUCAAUCCGUUGGUCAAUAUACCAAGGCUCAAGAAUACCUUCAGAAAGCACUGACGAUCAAAGAAGAAAUCGGUGAUAAAUCAGGAGAAGCGACAUGUUACGGAAAUCUAGGAACUGUGCUUCUUUCCGUUGGUCAAUAUACCAAGGCUAAAGAAUACCUUCAGAAAGCACUGACGAUUAGGAGAGAAAUCGGUGACAGAAAAGGAGAAGCAGCAGAUUACGGAAAUCUAGGAUCUGUGUUUCAAUCCGUUGGUCAAUAUACCAAGGCUCAAGAAUACCUUCAGAAAGCACUGACGAUCAAAGAAGAAAUCGGUGAUAAAUCAGGAGAAGCGACAUGUUACGCAAAUCUAGGAACUGUGCUUCUUUCCGUUGGUCAAUAUACCAAGGCUAAAGAAUACCUUCAGAAAGCACUGACGAUUAGGAGAGAAAUCGGUGACAGAAAAGGAGAAGCAGCAGAUUACGGAAAUCUAGGAUCUGUGUUUCAAUCUGUUGGUCAAUAUAAUAAGGCUGAAGAAUAUCUACAGAAAGCACUGACGAUCAGGAGAGAAAUCGGUGACAAAGAAGGAGAAGCAUCAGCUUACGGAAAUCUGGGAACUGUCUUUCUUUCUGUUUGUCAAUAUACCAAGGCUGAAGAGUAUCUUCAGAAAGCACUAACGAUCAGGAGAGAAAUCGGUGACAAAAAAGGAGAAGGGGCAGACUACGGAAAUCUAGGAACUGUCUUUCUUUCUGUUGGUCAAUAUUCCAAGGCUGAAGAAUUCCUUCAGAAAGCACUGACGGUCAGGAGAGAAAUCGGUGACAAAAAGGGAGAAGCAACAGAUUACGGAAAUCUAGGAAGCGUGUUUCAAUCCGUUGGUCAAUACACCAAGGCUGAAGAAUACCUUCAGAGAGCACUGACGAUCAAAGAAGAAAUCGGUGAUAAAUCAGGAGAAGCGACAUGUUACGGAAAUCUAGGAACUGUGCUUCUUUCUGUUUGUCAAUAUACCAAGGCUGAAGAAUACCUUCAGAAAGCACUGACGAUCAGGAGAGAAAUCGGGGACAAAGAAGGAGAAGCAGCAGAUUACGGAAAUCUAGGAUCUGUGUUUCAAUCUGUUGGUCAAUAUAAUAAGGCUGAAGAAUAUCUACAGAAAGCACUGACGAUCAGGAGAGAAAUCGGUGACAAAGAAGGAGAAGCGUCAGCUUACGGAAAUAUGGGAACUGUCUUUCGUUCUGUUGGUCAAUAUAUCAAGGCUAAAGAAUACCUUCAGAAAGCACUGACGAUUAGGAGAGAAAUCGGUGACAGAAAAGGAGAAGCAGCAGAUUACGGAAAUCUAGGAUCUGUGUUUCAAUCCGUUGGUCAAUAUACCAAGGCUCAAGAAUACCUUCAGAAAGCACUGACGAUCAAAGAAGAAAUCGGUGAUAAAUCAGGAGAAGCGACAUGUUACGCAAAUCUAGGAACUGUGCUUCUUUCCGUUGGUCAAUAUACCAAGGCUAAAGAAUACCUUCAGAAAGCACUGACGAUUAGGAGAGAAAUCGGUGACAGAAAAGGAGAAGCAGCAGAUUACGGAAAUCUAGGAUCUGUGUUUCAAUCUGUUGGUCAAUAUAAUAAGGCUGAAGAAUAUCUACAGAAAGCACUGACGAUCAGGAGAGAAAUCGGUGACAAAGAAGGAGAAGCAUCAGCUUACGGAAAUCUGGGAACUGUCUUUCUUUCUGUUUGUCAAUAUACCAAGGCUGAAGAGUAUCUUCAGAAAGCACUAACGAUCAGGAGAGAAAUCGGUGACAAAAAAGGAGAAGGGGCAGACUACGGAAAUCUAGGAACUGUCUUUCUUUCUGUUGGUCAAUAUUCCAAGGCUGAAGAAUUCCUUCAGAAAGCACUGACGGUCAGGAGAGAAAUCGGUGACAAAAAGGGAGAAGCAACAGAUUACGGAAAUCUAGGAAGCGUGUUUCAAUCCGUUGGUCAAUACACCAAGGCUGAAGAAUACCUUCAGAGAGCACUGACGAUCAAAGAAGAAAUCGGUGAUAAAUCAGGAGAAGCGACAUGUUACGGAAAUCUAGGAACUGUGCUUCUUUCUGUUUGUCAAUAUACCAAGGCUGAAGAAUACCUUCAGAAAGCACUGACGAUCAGGAGAGAAAUCGGGGACAAAGAAGGAGAAGCAGCAGAUUACGGAAAUCUAGGAUCUGUGUUUCAAUCUGUUGGUCAAUACAAUAAGGCGGUAGAAUACUUUCAGAAAGCACUGACGAUCAAAGAAGAAAUCGGUGAUAAAUCAGGAGAAGCGACAUGUUACGGAAAUCUAGGAACAGUCUCUCAAUCUGUUGGUCAAUAUACCAAGGCUAAAGAAUACCUUCAAAAAGCACUAGUGAUCAGGAAAGAAAUCGGUGACAAAGAUGGAGAAGCUGCAGAUUACGGGAAUCUAGGAACUGUGUUUUUAUCUGUUGGACAAUAUACCAAGGCCGAAGAUUACCUCCAAAAAGCACUAGUCAUUAGGAAAGAAAUCGGUGACAAAAAAGGUGAAGCAUCAGAUUACGCAAAUCUAGGAUCUGUGUUUCAAUCCGUUGGUCAAUAUACCAAGGCUCAAGAAUACCUUCAGAAAGCACUGACGAUCAAAGAAGAAAUCGGUGAUAAAUCAGGAGAAGCGACAUGUUACGGAAAUCUAGGAACUGUGCUUCUUUCUGUUGGUCAAUAUAUCAAGGCUAAAGAAUACCUUCAGAAAGCACUGACGAUUAGGAGAGAAAUCGGUGACAGAAAAGGAGAAGCAGCAGAUUACGGAAAUCUAGGAUCUGUGUUUCAAUCUGUUGGUCAAUAUAAUAAGGCUGAAGAAUAUCUACAGAAAGCACUGACGAUCAGGAGAGAAAUCGGUGACAAAGAAGGAGAAGCAUCAGCUUACGGAAAUCUGGGAACUGUCUUUCUUUCUGUUUGUCAAUAUACCAAGGCUGAAGAGUAUCUUCAGAAAGCACUAACGAUCAGGAGAGAAAUCGGUGACAAAAAAGGAGAAGGGGCAGACUACGGAAAUCUAGGAACUGUCUUUCUUUCUGUUGGUCAAUAUUCCAAGGCUGAAGAAUUCCUUCAGAAAGCACUGACGAUCAGGAGAGAAAUCGGUGACAAAAAGGGAGAAGCAACCGAUUACGGAAAUCUAGGAAGCGUGUUUCAAUCCGUUGGUCAAUACACCAAGGCUGAAGAAUACCUUCAGAGAGCACUGACGAUCAAAGAAGAAAUCGGUGAUAAAUCAGGAGAAGCGACAUGUUACGGAAAUCUAGGAACUGUGCUUCUUUCUGUUUGUCAAUAUACCAAGGCUAAAGAAUACCUUCAGAAAGCACUGACGAUUAGGACAGAAAUCGGUGACAGAAAAGGAGAAGCAGCAGAUUACGGAAAUCUAGGAAGCGUUUUUCAAUCUGUUGGUCAAUAUAAUAAGGCUGAAGAAUACCUACAGAAAGCACUGACGAUCAGGAGAGAAAUCGGUGACAAAGAAGGAGAAGCAUCAGCUUACGGAAAUAUCGGAACUGUCUUUCUUUCUGUUUGUCAAUAUACCAAGGCUGAAGAGUAUCUUCAGAAAGCACUAACGAUCAGGAGAGAAAUCGGUGACAAAAAAGGAGAAGCUGCAGAUUACGGAAAUCUAGGAACUGUCUUUCUUUCUGUUGGUCAAUAUUCCAAGGCUGAAGAUUUCCUUCAGAAAGCACUGACGGUCAGGAGAGAAAUCGGUGACAAAAAGGGAGAAGCAACAGAUUACGGAAAUCUAGGAAGCGUGUUUCAAUCCGUUGGUCAAUAUACCAAGGCUCAAGAAUACCUUCAGAAAGCACUGACGAUCAAAGAAGAAAUCGGUGAUAAAUCAGGAGAAGCGACAUGUUACGGAAAUCUAGGAACUGUGCUUCUUUCUGUUGGUCAAUAUACCAAGGCUGAAGAAUACCUUCAGAAAGCACUGACGAUUAGGAGAGAAAUCGGUGACAGAAAAGGAGAAGCAUCAGAUUACGGAAAUCUAGGAUCUGUGUUUCAAUCUGUUGGUCAAUAUAAUAAGGCUGAAGAAUAUCUAAAGAAAGCACUGACGAUCAGGAGAGAAAUCGGUGACAAAGAAGGAGAAGCGGCAGCUUACGGAAAUCUGGGAACUGUCUUUCGUUCUGUUGGUCAAUAUAUCAAGGCUAAAGAAUACGUUCAGAAAGCACUGACGAUUAGGAGAGAAAUCGGUGACAGAAAAGGAGAAGCAGCAGAUUACGGAAAUCUAGGAUCUGUGUUUCAAUCCGUUGGUCAAUAUACCAAGGCUCAAGAAUACCUUCAGAAAGCACUGACGAUCAAAGAAGAAAUCGGUGAUAAAUCAGGAGAAGCGACAUGUUACGCAAAUCUAGGAACUGUGCUUCUUUCCGUUGGUCAAUAUACCAAGGCUAAAGAAUACCUUCAGAAAGCACUGACGAUUAGGAGAGAAAUCGGUGACAGAAAAGGAGAAGCAGCAGAUUACGGAAAUCUAGGAUCUGUGUUUCAAUCUGUUGGUCAAUAUAAUAAGGCUGAAGAAUAUCUACAGAAAGCACUGACGAUCAGGAGAGAAAUCGGUGACAAAGAAGGAGAAGCAUCAGCUUACGGAAAUCUGGGAACUGUCUUUCUUUCUGUUUGUCAAUAUACCAAGGCUGAAGAGUAUCUUCAGAAAGCACUAACGAUCAGGAGAGAAAUCGGUGACAAAAAAGGAGAAGGGGCAGACUACGGAAAUCUAGGAACUGUCUUUCUUUCUGUUGGUCAAUAUUCCAAGGCUGAAGAAUUCCUUCAGAAAGCACUGACGGUCAGGAGAGAAAUCGGUGACAAAAAGGGAGAAGCAACAGAUUACGGAAAUCUAGGAAGCGUGUUUCAAUCCGUUGGUCAAUACACCAAGGCUGAAGAAUACCUUCAGAGAGCACUGACGAUCAAAGAAGAAAUCGGUGAUAAAUCAGGAGAAGCGACAUGUUACGGAAAUCUAGGAACUGUGCUUCUUUCUGUUUGUCAAUAUACCAAGGCUAAAGAAUACCUUCAGAAAGCACUGACGAUCAGGAGAGAAAUCGGGGACAAAGAAGGAGAAGCAGCAGAUUACGGAAAUUUAGGAUCUGUGUUUCAAUCUGUUGGUCAAUACAAUAAGGCGGUAGAAUACUUUCAGAAAGCACUGACGAUCAAAGAAGAAAUCGGUGAUAAAUCAGGAGAAGCGACAUGUUACGGAAAUCUAGGAACAGUCUCUCAAUCUGUUGGUCAAUAUACCAAGGCUAAAGAAUACCUUCAAAAAGCACUAGUGAUCAGGAAAGAAAUCGGUGACAAAGAUGGAGAAGCUGCAGAUUACGGGAAUCUAGGAACUGUGUUUUUAUCUGUUGGACAAUAUACCAAGGCCGAAGAUUACCUCCAAAAAGCACUAGUCAUUAGGAAAGAAAUCGGUGACAAAAAAGGUGAAGCAUCAGAUUACGCAAAUCUAGGAUCUGUGUUUCAAUCCGUUGGUCAAUAUACCAAGGCUCAAGAAUACCUUCAGAAAGCACUGACGAUCAAAGAAGAAAUCGGUGAUAAAUCAGGAGAAGCGACAUGUUACGGAAAUCUAGGAACUGUGCUUCUUUCUGUUGGUCAAUAUAUCAAGGCUAAAGAAUACCUUCAGAAAGCACUGACGAUUAGGAGAGAAAUCGGUGACAGAAAAGGAGAAGCAGCAGAUUACGGAAAUCUAGGAUCUGUGUUUCAAUCUGUUGGUCAAUAUAAUAAGGCUGAAGAAUAUCUACAGAAAGCACUGACGAUCAGGAGAGAAAUCGGUGACAAAGAAGGAGAAGCAUCAGCUUACGGAAAUCUGGGAACUGUCUUUCUUUCUGUUUGUCAAUAUACCAAGGCUGAAGAGUAUCUUCAGAAAGCACUAACGAUCAGGAGAGAAAUCGGUGACAAAAAAGGAGAAGGGGCAGACUACGGAAAUCUAGGAACUGUCUUUCUUUCUGUUGGUCAAUAUUCCAAGGCUGAAGAAUUCCUUCAGAAAGCACUGACGAUCAGGAGAGAAAUCGGUGACAAAAAGGGAGAAGCAACCGAUUACGGAAAUCUAGGAAGCGUGUUUCAAUCCGUUUGUCAAUAUACCAAGGCUGAAGAAUACCUUCAGAGAGCACUGACGAUCAAAGAAGAAAUUGGUGAUAAAUCAGGAGAAGCGACUUGUUACGCAAAUCUAGGAACUGUGCUUCUUUCUGUUUGUCAAUAUACCAAGGCUGAAGAAUACCUUCAGAAAGCACUGACGAUUAGGACAGAAAUCGGUGACAGAAAAGGAGAAGCAUCAGAUUACGGAAAUCUAGGAUCUGUGUUUCAAUCUGUUGGUCAAUAUAAUAAGGCUGAAGAAUACCUACAGAAAGCACUGACGAUCAGGAGAGAAAUCGGUGACAAAGAAGGAGAAGCAUCAGCUUACGGAAAUAUGGGAACUGUCUUUCUUUCUGUUGGUCAAUAUUCUAAGGCUGAAGAUUUCCUUCAGAAAGCACUGACGGUCAGGAGAGAAAUCGGUGACAAAAAGGGAGAAGCAACAGAUUACGGAAAUCUAGGAUCUGUGUUUCAAUCCGUUGGUCAAUAUACCAAGGCUCAAGAAUACCUUCAGAAAGCACUGACGAUCAAAGAAGAAAUCGGUGAUAAAUCAGGAGAAGCGACUUGCUACGGAAAUCUAGGAACUGUGCUUCUUUCUGUUGGUCAAUAUACGAAGGCUGAAGAAUACCUUCAGAAAGCACGGACGAUUAGGAGGGAAAUCGGUGACAGAAAAGGAGAAGCAUCAGAUUACGGAAAUCUAGGAUCUGUGUUUCAAUCCGUUGGUCAAUAUACCAAGGCUGAAGAAUACCUUCAGAAAGCACUGACGAUCAAAGAAGAAAUCGGUGAUAAAUCAGGAGAAGCGACAUGUUAUGGAAAUCUUGGAACUGUGCUUCUUUCUGUUGGUCAAUAUAACAAGGCUGAAGAAUACUUUCAGAAUGCACUGACGAUUAGGAGAGAAAUCGGUGACAAAAAAGGAGAAGCAGCAGAUUACGGAAAUCUUGGAACUGUUUUUCCUUCUGUUUGUCGAUAUACCGAGGCUGAAGAAUAUCUUCAGAAAGCACUGACUAUAAGGAGAGAAAUCGGCGACAGAAAAGGAGAAGCAACAGAUUACGGAAAUUUAGGAGCUGUGUUUCAAUCCGUUGGUCAAUAUACCAAGGCUGAAGAAUACCUUCAGAAAGCACUGACGAUCACGAGAGAAAUUGGUGACAAAAGUGGCGUUGGAGCUUCAUAUUUAAACCUGGGAAGUCUCUGUCGAGUUUCUCAGGAUUAUACCAAGAGUCAAGAAUUUGUUAAGAAAGCACUCGAGAUGAGUUACGAAAUAGGGGACAUCGAAUUGCAGUUUUCCAGCCACCUUGGCAUUGCUCUAAACACUUUAUUGGCAGGAGAAGACAUUACUGUAGUUGUGCGAAAUCUCUAUGAAAGCAUUGAAAAGUGCGAAGAAAUGCAUGAUUUCUUAAGAGGCAAAGACCAGUUCAAAAUUUCUUUUUUCGAUGAGCAUGCGUCCCCCUACCAUCUUCUUUGUUGGUUGUUUAUUAUGGCACGUAGUUAUUAUGACGCUCUUUACAUUGCUGAGCUUGGGCGGUGCAGAGCACUGACAGACAUACUGUCAGAUAAGUAUUCUGUGAAGAAAGAAAUAUCAGUCAACCCACAGUCAUGGAUUGGUAUUGAGAAUGUCAUGGACACAAAUGCCUUUAGUUCUUGUCUUUAUGUUUCCUGUUUCGGUGUCCACAUGUGUUUUUGGAUCCUUAAGCCAAACAAAACCGUAGUGUUUCGACAAACGAUUCUUGAAGGAAGUGCAGAUAAAUUGUUUGGAAAUAAAAAAAUUGGGGGCUCUCGGGAUUUACGUCAAGAACAAUGCGAAGAUCGAUCAUUGUUUCCUUCAUAUGAAAGGUCCCCGCUAUCAUGCAAACCACCUCAGGAUGAGAGCUCCUCAGAUUUGUGUCUUAUAGACACAAAGGAGGACGACGAAACACAGGACACUGGGCCACCAACCCUGGCCGAUGGCUACAACAUGAUCUUCGCUCCUGUAGCUGACUUACUCCAAGAACCAGAAAUCAUUAUCAUACCGGAUCGCUUGUUGUACCCAGUUCCUUUUGCAGCUCUAAUUGAUGAUAAUGGGAAGUAUUUAUCGGAUACUUUCAGGAUCCGUAUUCUCCCUUCCUUGACGACUCUUAAGUUGAUUCAGGACAGUCCAGCAGACUACCAUUGUAAAACCAGUGCACUGAUCGUAGGUGAGCCAGACGUUAGUGAUGUAUACUAUCGAGGAAAAACUUGCCAAUUAAUCGCCUUGCCUUGGGCAAGAAAGGAAGCAGAGAUGAUUGGGCGACUGCUCGGUGUUGAGCCAUUGUUAGGUGAGAAUGCGACUAAGCAGGCAGUCCUGGAAAGAAUGCAUUCCGUAAGUCUUAUUCACUUCGCCGCUCAUGGUGAUGCCGAACGUGGAGAAAUUGCUCUUUCCCCUUCGGGGUCGCGUGGAAUUCCAACUGAAGAAGAAUACUUAUUGACAAUGGCUGAAAUUUCACAAGUUCGACUAACAGCCAAGCUGGUUGUACUUAGCUGCUGUAAUAGUGCAAGUGGCCAGAUUAGAGCUGAGGGAGUCGUUGGGAUCGCUCGAGCAUUUCUAGCAUCAGGUGCACGCGCCGUGUUGGCGGCACUAUGGGCUAUAGAAGACAAAGCUAGUAUGCAGUUCAUGAAUCACUUCUAUGAACACCUUAUUCAUGGUGAAAGUGCAAGUGAAUCUCUUCACCAGGCCAUGAAGUGGAUGAGGGAGAAUAAGUUUUCUGAUGUCAGGCUGUGGGCGCCAUUUAUGCUAAUUGGAGAUGACGUGACAUUUAAAGGUUUGUAG